UUUGACAAAUUUCUAUUAACUGAAGCAAUGAAAAUAUUAAAUCAAAAUAAAACAUAGACUAUGAUUUUUAUGCUACUUUUCUUCUAUUUUAGGCACAAUGCUUUAAUAAAUUACGCAGACUACAAAACUUUACUACAUCAAUUACAAAAGGCUGAGUGGAGAAAGAUUACUUAUCUGAGGGAGCACAAAAUCAGUACGCAAUAUGGAUUUCAUUGAAGCUUGUCAACUCUCCUGGAUUAAAUUACUGGCGCUGUCUCAAAUAUUCCCAAGUCCUAGAUGUAGGUAGGAUGCUAGAAGUUGCAGUUUUUAGGUUAGGAAAGCCACGUCCAGGCUCCGCUGUGAAAAACAUACCAAUGUGUUAAGCUCCUAAGCAAAUCACAUCUAGAUUAAGUUCAAAAGGUGUUUUAACUUUGCAAAUCUCCAUCUCCAAACAAACUUUUGCUACUUUCUCAAUAGAACACAACAAAAUUUUUUGACAUUCCAGCCACGGAGAAACAGAGCUCUACCUCUGAGAGGGCAGUAAUCCAAGAAUAUUUAGCAAGCAGUUACAAGGGUCUACGAAAUGGGAGGCACUAUUACAAUGUUGGGGAAAAAAAGCUACAGAAAUAUGUACAUCUUCGUCAUGAACCUGACUGCUGAUUUUAUACAAAAGUGGAAAAGGAACCCCUCUCGUUCCUUCCCUGGUACCUCCACAGCGACUCUCAUCCCAGUCUGCCUAGUUGAAUGUAGGGCCACUUUAACGUAAAUCCUAGCCUCCUGGCUGUCCUUCCGCCUCCCAGGAUUCUGCUAGGCCGCUCAGUUGGCAAGCUUAAACUCCAAAGAUUCCGCAGUCUCCGUCUUUCAACGAUCACGUCACAGAGACACCAAGGUUAGCACAGGAACAUCAGUUUCCAAACUCCUACCCACCGCACAAACAGGCGGGAAGAUUCCGCUGCCACCCGUCCUCUCCGCCGCGCACAUGGCCGGCCACAGCGCCCACCCCCGCUGCCGCGCAGGCGCCGGGCGAGCCGGGACUUGCGGUCGCAGAGAGCGGAUCAUUCCGCCGCUUUCUUUGUGUGGCUGAAGCGCUAGAAAUGGCAUAUUUUCCUCCCCUUCGUUAAAAAAUCAGACCCUUUUUCUCCUCUCUCCCCUCCGGAACAGAGUCAGGGAGUGGGUAGUAGCGGGAUCUGCCGACGAGUGCAGAGACGGAAAAUCCUCGGAAGAGGAGUUGACGAGGGCCACGUCCGGGAGGGAUGCUGGGAGCUUGACUCACUCGCACACCAUGUGUCCCUCCGCGCGCAGCACGGGGGACUUUUCGGUGGGGAUUUUGGGCGCCGACCAGACGCGGCAUUUUCGGAAAAUAGCGCCCUGUGCAGCUGAAGCGCUUUGUGUGUAGCGGGGCCGCGUCAGCCCGGCCGGGUACGAGGCGCCUUGGGUCCCCGCACCACCUCCUGCUGCCUCCCCGUCGCCGCUCCCGAAGCUUUUCCAGGUCACAGCAUAUUUGUGGAGGAAGAUGUCCCUGGUAGAUUUGGGAAAGAAGCUUUUAGAAGCGGCACGAGCAGGUCAAGAUGACGAAGUUCGUAUUUUGAUGGCAAAUGGAGCUCCUUUUACUACAGACUGGCUGGGAACUUCUCCACUUCAUCUAGCAGCACAGUAUGGUCAUUAUUCUACCACAGAGGUACUGCUCCGAGCUGGUGUAAGUAGAGAUGCCAGAACCAAAGUGGACCGAACACCAUUACAUAUGGCAGCUUCUGAGGGCCAUGCCAGCAUAGUAGAGGUUUUACUUAAGCAUGGUGCUGAUGUCAAUGCAAAAGACAUGUUAAAGAUGACAGCUCUCCAUUGGGCCACAGAACACAAUCAUCAAGAGGUGGUGGAACUUUUAAUCAAAUAUGGUGCUGAUGUACACACACAAAGUAAAUUUUGUAAAACUGCAUUUGAUAUUUCAAUAGACAAUGGAAAUGAAGAUUUAGCAGAGAUAUUACAGAUUGCUAUGCAGAACCAAAUCAACACAAAUCCAGAGAGUCCUGACACUGUGACAAUACAUGCUGCAACACCACAGUUUAUCAUUGGACCUGGAGGGGUGGUGAACCUAACAGGUCUGGUAUCUUCAGAAAAUUCAUCCAAGGCAACAGAUGAAACGGGUGUAUCUGCUGUUCAGUUUGGAAACUCUUCUACAUCAGUAUUAGCUACAUUAGCUGCCUUAGCUGAAGCAUCUGCUCCAUUGUCCAAUUCUUCCGAAACUCCAGUAGUGGCCACGGAGGAAGUGGUUACUGCAGAAUCUGUAGAUGGUGCAAUUCAGCAAGUAGUUAGUUCAGGGGGUCAGCAAGUCAUCACAAUAGUCACAGAUGGAAUUCAGCUUGGAAAUUUGCACUCUAUUCCAACCAGUGGAAUUGGUCAGCCCAUCAUUGUGACCAUGCCAGAUGGACAACAAGUAUUAACAGUACCAGCAACAGACAUUGCUGAAGAAACUGUUAUAAGUGAAGAACCACCAGCUAAGAGACAGUGUAUCGAAAUAAUUGAAAACCGGGUGGAAUCUGCAGAAAUAGAAGAGAGAGAAGCUCUUCAGAAACAGCUGGAUGAAGCAAAUCGAGAAGCACAAAAAUAUCGACAGCAGCUUCUAAAGAAAGAACAGGAAGCAGAGGCCUACAGACAGAAGUUGGAAGCUAUGACUCGUCUUCAGACUAAUAAAGAAGCUGUUUAAUUGAAACAAACUUGUAGUUUGAUUUUACUUUUGGUCAAGAAAGAAUACAGUCUUGAACUGUACACAACAAAGGUACAGCCAUGGGAAUACAGGAUAAGAGAAGAGACUACAGAUUGAUAAUUGGACUUAAGCCAUGAGCUCUGAAUUCUUGUAACAUAAAACUUUACUUUGGAAGUUGUGAAAUGUAUUUAAAACUGAAUUCUGUAAAUAGUUUUUGUUUUUUUUUUUACAGUUCCAAAUGAGUUGAUAAUUGUUGAAGAGAUCCAAAACCACAAUAAGCCACUGUUUUUGUGAAUUCUUUUUGAUUUUAGUACAAACCUUAAUUUCUCAGAAACAGAACAGUUUUAAGGGUGAUCGUUGUUGAUUAGACCAAAUGUUGUGUAAUAAUUAUGGUGGACUGAUGCUGGAAUUACUCCUGUAGGUAUAAACCUCUAUAUGAAGAGAAGAUUUCUCCCAGGAAAUCUUUGUACAGCUUUAAGUUGUCUCAGAUUCUCUGAAAACAUUUUUUAGAAAGUAAAAUUUUUAUAUUUGUUCAAUUUCAGCUAUACCCAAGUAGAUUUACAUGUAUAUGAAGCAAAUAUUUUUUAAACUUUUUGUUUGUACAUAUUCUGCAUGUUUUAUAAUUUCAAAAUGCAUCACUUUUAUAGGUAUUUCUCCCACAAAAAUGAUGAAAGUGACCAGGAAAAAGCAAAAACAAAACCCACCCCUUUACUGUGUAGGUCAUUGAAACUAAGUAAGCUAGCAUCUGGUUUUAUUAGAAUGACAAUGUUCUUGGAAGGAGCAGCCUGCAAGAUAAUUUGAAUUUGCCAAUUCUGCAAAAUCUGUGCUUUUUCGAAAAUUUAAUAGUGGGGAUGUGAAACUGUAUUCUGUGCCUUCCAUCAUGAUUUACACAUGUAAGCACUUUAAGGCACUGGAUUUUAAGAUAAUGUUUUUGGAAAACUCAAUGCAUAUGGGUUUCUGAAAUAUUUUAUGGACUUAUUUCUCCCCAGGAAAUUAUUCUUACGGAAAAAAAAUUGCUUUUGUAUGUAGAACAGGAACUUUUGUACUACAGUGAUGCAAUAGACAUGUCUAAUGUAGCUUCUGCUUUUCCCUUUGAAAGCUCAAUGUCUGUGCUAUGACUUGCUCUCAUCACAAUAUUGUUGAAUUCCACAAUGUAUGGAUAUUAAACACUGGCAGACUGUUAUUAUUAUUAUUUUUUUGGUAAAACAUUACUUCAAACCUUUUUUCUUUCUUUCUUUUUCAAUGUUUUAUUGCUUUAUGAAAAUGUUUAACCCUAAAAUCCCUCUAGGUUAUCUAUACUGUAUAAAGAAGCAAUUACCCUUAAAACUGUACUCUGGCCUACUUUUCUAUUUUGCAAUUAAAUAUCUUUUUCACAUA